AUGUAUCAAAAAGUCCCUGGUACAAGCAGAACUCAAUUCUUCAAGAUGUUGUCUAGAGCCGCCGUCCGCGCAUCCUCCUCCACCUCAAUGGUCGCCCGCCGUGGCUUCCACUCUACCCGUGCUCAAAUGGGUUCUCCAUACCAUUACCCUGAGGGACCACGAAGCAACAUUCCAUUCAACCCAAACACAAAAUUCUUUGCUUUAAGAUACUGGGGAUUCAUGGCUCUUGGAUUCGGUGCUCCAUUCGGCAUUGCAGUCUGGCAAACAAAGAAGAACCAAUAG